UUCUAAAUUGGCCCUGAAUUGCAGGUGAAGAAAAACAGUGGACCAUCCGGUUCACCUUGAGUGGAAAUGGAACCGGCGGCAUCGAGUAUAUUUUAUGUGGGUUUGGUUUCUUUUUUAUUUUGAGGUGAACAAGAUACUCUGCUUUUGCACUUAGAAUCAGUUUGUUUACUUGCCUUGCUUCUUCAACUUAUGUCUGAUUCUUUUCCUCCACCCUACCAUAUAUUCUUCUUCACUUCACUUUCGGCACCAAUCCUCAGCUACCACAAUGUCCCACCACAAUGACACAAAUCCACACUUUCUCCCCCGUCAACGCGAUCCAAUCAUCGAGUUUCCCUCACGCACGCCACCACCUCGCUCCAGGCCGCCGUCACACCACCGUGGCCAUGCUCCGGUUGUGGUGGAAGCGCCGCCUCAUGGCCACCCUGCACACCACCCUACACCAUCUCAAGGUGGAACAUCGCCCCACCAUCCGGCCCAUGUUAAGCCUGUGGCACCCUUUGUCGCUGAGGUACUGCACCAAGAAUCCAGACCCCAUUCUGAUUCUCAUACGCGUCCUCAGCACGGAAGAGGCAGCCGCCACCCUGGUUUCAUCCACCCCCCAACAUCCCAACGGACCAGGCCGUUAACCUGGCUGGUGGCAGCAUUCUGUAUGCUCUUCUGGAUAUUGGUGAUCGUGGGAGGCCUGAUCGUCCUCAUAGUGUACUUGGUGUUCCGGCCGCGUAGCCCUUGGUUUGACAUCUCAACCACCACCAUCAACGCGGCGUACCUAGACAUGGGAUACCUGCUGAAUGCGGACGUGACGGUGCUGGCCAACUUCAGCAACCCCAACAGCAAGGUGAAGGUGGAUUUUAGCUACGUGAUCUUGGAUCUCUACUAUGACAACAACUACCUCACCACGAGUUACAUCAAGCCAUUUGCAGUGAUGAGGGGUGAGUCAAGGUUUGCCGACGUGCACAUGGUGGGUAGCCAGGUGAAGCUGUCGAGUAAGCAUAGCAUGCAGCUGCAGAAACAGAUAGAAGAAGGAAGAGUAAACCUUGAGAUUAAAGGAUUGUUUAGAGCUAGGUCUAAAUUAGGAGGCAUUUUCCACUACUCCUAUUGGAUGUAUGCGCAUUGCCAACUCGUCGUCACCGGCCCUCCCACCGGAGUUUUGCUCAGAAAAAAGUGCAUUACUAAGAGGUGAACAAGUCCGGCUAUUUUGAUCCUCAUCAUUAAUGACUUGCCUUCACACUUAUUUUUCUUGUCAUUUCUGGUUUAUUUAUCAAUUGUUUUAGUCUGAAUAUUUAAAAGUGAGUUUUGAUCGAUUC